AAGUAUGUCUUGCACCUUAGGUGUGCCUUUAGGUACCGGUGAGCUUUAACCGCCAUGCCUCCAACAAGCUUAACCUGACUUUCUUUUCCCAUCCCUUUAUUGAUAUCAAUUGCAAAACUCACCCUUCAGGGCCUCAUUAUUACUAGUUAGGAAAAUUGGCCUAAGUAGAUAAAAUACCAGACGACGAGAAUUUAUACAUAUUUAUAAGUAUUUAUACACAUCUCGGGUGUAACCAGCAUUCACAUGAAAACCCCAAAAGCAAAACAUACCAAAAGAGCUAGUUAAUUGGUUUACUAUUCAAUUUUGCGCCGCAUUCCACACGGCUCGCCCCCCACUUAUUCCCCGUUGACCCCGUCCAGACCGUUCAGGCUGUCCACUUACAGUCUGCGCCGGCGCAGAGCUAGGCAACUAUAAAUCAAAAGUUGCCUUUUACUACCUUUUACAACAAAUCGCCUCCCCCGUUAAGAAACGUUAAAAAAACUCGAAACUUUGUCUUCUAAAUAAGAAAGAGGAUCCUCUUAAUUUGAAACUAUGGUUCCUAACGCCAACAGUAACAGUCCCAUAUCAAACAGCUCUGGGCUACUGCAGUCGCCCAAUGCUAUCCCUCCUAGGACUUCCUCAACAGGUUAUAUCACUCCUGUUUCGCCUGUCAAGUCCGUUCUACGUCCCGUUCCUGAAUCCGACUGGUUAGGUCAGAAUAGCAGCCGUCAUCAAAGAGGGUUUUCCAAUUUUGCCGUUCCUAUGACAGGUAUGCAUACUACAGGUCCACAAGACCCUGCGCGCUAUGAGACAGAAGACUUGAAUUAUACUUCGAGGAAAACUUGGACAGAUCAAAAGGAAAGGGUGCUUAUGGGUCCCUUUGACUACUUGUUUGCCCAUCCCGGGAAGGACUUCCGUACACUGAUGGUCAAUUCCUUCAAUGCCUUACUGGAGGUACCUCAAGAAAGUCUCGAUGUUAUUACAAAAGUGGUUGGUAUGCUACAUACCGCAUCCUUACUUGUCGAUGACGUUGAAGACAGUUCGCUACUUCGAAGAGGUCUUCCCGUUGCUCACAGCAUCUUCGGUACGGCCCAAACCAUAAACUCGGCCAACUACGUCUACUUCUGCGCAUUGCAAGAACUACAGAAACUGAAGAAUCCGAAGGCGAUUAGUGUGUACACGGAAGAAUUGCUAAACCUCCACCGCGGUCAAGGGUUGGAUCUCUUCUGGCGCGACACCCUUACCUGUCCCACGGAGGAAGAAUAUCUCGAAAUGGUCGGCAACAAGACUGGCGGGCUCUUCCGUUUGGCUAUCAAACUUAUGCAGGCCGAAUCUAGCGCCCCCAUUGAUUGCGUCCCCUUAGUCAAUAUACUCGGCAUCAUCUUCCAGAUCCAAGACGACUACAAGAACUUAUCUAGCCCGGAGUACGGCCAGAAUAAGGGGCUCUGCGAAGAUCUAACGGAGGGGAAAUUCUCGUUUCUGAUCAUCCACAGCAUACGCUCGAACCCGUCCAACCUCCAGCUUCUAAACAUCCUUAAGCAAAGGACGACAGACGACGAGGUGAAGCGGUAUGCUGUAAAAUACAUGGAAAGUACGGGGACUUUCGAGUAUACGCAAAAGGUAAUAGGCGUUCUGGUCGAAAGGGCGAGGAAGAUGGUAGAUGAGCUUGACGCUGGUAAUGGAAAAAGCGUAGGGAUCCACAAAAUCUUAGAUAGGCUAGUGAUCUAAAGACACUACGUCCUGAGGAGAAGACGAGACGGCGAAUAUCUAUUGAAGGAAUAGUAGCGAAGCUGUAUAAAGGGGGUUUAUGGUGCGUUCUCUCCUAUUAGGGUGGAGAGAUUUGCGGGGGCGAGCUCGGCGCGAUUUAGGAUACCCUCAUCUCCUAUUUAUUCAAGAUAGGGGAGAUAUGGAAAUGUGUUGACAUUAUUGUAUCUCUAUUCUUUAGCGAUUAUUAGUCCUUAGAAUAGCGAAGGUUUGGACGAAUUCCCAACAAAAACUUUUAAGAUAUGAAGGCUAUGGUAUGAUAUGUAUAAUAGUGCGAACAAGUGGUUUUAUAGUCGAAUAUAGGUUAGGUUAGGUACUCAUAUAUCCCUUCAUAUAGAACAGGUUUACCUAACAGAGCCAAGUAGUAACACAGAUUUGGAGUUAACA